UGAGAAAGGUGCCAAUUCAAGCGCCAUAUGUUCUCUUUUAUUAGCUUUCUCGUGGGGAUUUAACAGAAAGACUAACGGACUGUCUGGAGGAUAAAGAUAUGGUAAUGGCAAGACGGCGGAUAGCAACCACAUUCCAAACAGUGUUGACCGCGAGCAGUCUGACGCGUUGUAGCUCUGCACCAGCCUGAGGAAGGCACUGGUGCUGAGGCUCUCCUGCUAAGAGCACGGAGGGGAAAGACAGAUAACGUGAAUGGUGUCUGGAGGGACCGACAGGUCAACAUGUCGUCCACGGGCACGCAGAUCUUUGGCUUCGUGCUGGCACUACUGGGCAUCCUGGGCACCACGGUGGCCACGAUGCUGCCCAACUGGAAAGUAAGCGCAGAUGUUGGCUCCAACAUCAUCACAGUCAUCUCGCAGAUGCAGGGCCUGUGGAUGGACUGCACAUGGUACAGCACGGGCAUGUUCAGCUGCACGCUCAAGUACUCCGUUCUGGCUCUGCCCGCUUACCUGCAGACCGCGCGCACCGCCAUGGUGUUGUCUUGCGUGCUGGCAGCGUUGGGGCUCUGCUUAGCCUCACUGGGUCUCAAGUGCACACGUUGGGGUGGCGGAGGGCGUGCAAAACGCCACGCAGCCCUAGCGGCAGGUGCUUGCCUUGUCGCAUCUGGAUUCCUUUGCCUGGUGCCUGCUUCAUGGUACACCAAUGAAGUUAUUGCAACUUUCCUGGACGCAAAUGUGCCUGAAAGCAAUAAGUUUGAACCAGGAGGUGCUGUCUAUGUGGCGUUUGUGUCGGCCGGUUUUCUUUUAGCCGGAGGAUCGAUCUUCUGCUUGACAUGCUCUGGUAAGCGUGAUGGAGCUCAGGAUCUGAUCCUGUUGCCCCCAGAUAAACUUCUACUUCAGCAGCAACAGCAUCUUCUCCAGCAACAGCAGUUAGACCAACUCCAGCACCAGUACUGCACACUUUCGCCUUUGGAUAAUAAGACCGGGUACAGCCUGCAGGACUACGUCUGAGAACCCGGCUCACAGAUGUAAACCAGGCGUUUAACAGAUAAACAGGAGAGCAGGACAAUAACCGAGUUGCACUCCCCCUCCCCCUUUACUGAUCAGCAAGCACAAGCGGUGGAGGAAUUCCCCAAGCAAGGUCUCUGAUCGACUGAAUCGUGCAUACGGAGGGGAAAUGACGAAGCUGCAGAAGCCAAAGCAAUGAGCAAAAGAUAAAUACACGCAGAUAUCCAGUAUCAAAGUAAAUCGAUUAAGGAGUUACCCAGGGAGAGGAUUAGCUGUAAGAAAAUAUUAUGCCCCAUACUUGCCUACCAACCCCUUCCUCAAAGAUUCGAAAUGAAAAGCAAUCACUUAGCUGCUAACAAUUUUUGGUAAUCUCGGUUUGAAGUAAUUUGGCAAUAUGUAUGUCCCUUCGAGGCAAUAGAAUGGGAAAGCCAGUGGUUUUCUGGACCGGUCCUUUUGAGUAAUAGCAGAACUAAUGAAAUCUCUUGUCUUAUUUUGUUAGCUGAUAGAAUGAUUGAUAUUCUUGCCUAAGCAUGCUGAUUGAAGCCUGUGCAUAAUGCAGCGGAAUGCCUGGUAGAGACUUAGCCACAUUGCCUGUGCCUAUACAAAAAACUGUAGUAUGUUAUAGCGGGGAAAUUGUUUUGGGGGGAAACGUGAUGAGAGUGUGAAUGUGUACUGCUGGGUCUGAAGGAAACACACAUACACACGCUUGCUGGCACAGCGAGAACAGAAUGCGAUGUGGUGAUGACGUGUUGCCCUUUUUUUUCAAUUAUUUAUUCCGCCACAAAAUUACGCUUGCUGACUGCAUGAUACUCACUGCUUCAUCACCCACAUAUAAAGUCCACAUCACAUAGACAUACACAUACUCACACAGCUAGCAGCAUUUGUGCUUUUAACUGGCAUCAGUACCUACUGCUAUGGAAACCGAACCCUGCACCCAAAUAUGUGUAUAUAUUGUAUGGAGGGGGGUCUGUUGAAGUCAGUGAGCUGAAGGGAGCGUCUGUGCUCCACUCACACAAAUCUGCCAGUUGGCUUGAAACCAGCGUUUAGAAAAAAAGCCCUUCAUUACACUCUCCCAGAUAUGAGGAACAAUCCCAGCUAUGCUAAUCACUUCCGACCGCACAUCAUCAGCAAAUGACAUUUGCCAAGCAAUAUUUUAGAUAUGUAGGUAUAAUAUUAAAAAACACCUAUAAUUGGCAGCAUAUUUCAUGGCAGUGAGGCUGGUUUUUAAUGCCAUGAGACUGCUGUGUGCUGAUGCUCAUAUAUUACAAAACAUUUGUCUUAAAGGAAUUCUACAGAAUAUCUAACACACUGAAAUAAAAAAA